AUGACACAACGACCUCCCAACAGACUUUAUACUUCGAAACAACGGACCGCAACUGUCGAAUUUGAUAUGCUCUGUAAUGACAUCCACGAGACCUUCGACGUUCUGCAUCUCCUGCUCGAGGCAUACGUACCUAGCCUAGCAAGCCUCUUCCGCUUUCCAGGCCACUUCGCUGGCGUAAGCAAUUCGUUGUGCCCAGGCAUCAAGCCUGAACAACCCUCCGACUUAAUUUGGCCGGAUGAUGGCAGCUGCGCCUACUAUUACGGCGAGGAACCGCUGAUUUGGGACAAUGCUUCAAACUUUUCCGACUAUACCGAGGCAGCCAUCAACAUGUUACCUUUGCCAACAGAUACGAAAUACCUCGUCCGUCAGGGCGCCAUCGAUCGUCUGGUCUGGUAUAAGAACUGGAUGUUCAUCAAUCACGUCGAAGAGUCUGACUAUUACCAUGAUCACAUCAGCACCACAGCCAUCGAAACACUCUAUCGCAACACAAAGCCUGGCGAUCUGUUGAGAGAGCUUCUGAGCGAGGGCUACCAUGAUUACGGUGACCAGCGCGAUGCGGCACUCAGACAACUGCCUAAGGACUUACUCGUCGACAUCUUACGUAAGGCAUGGGACAAGAAGUGCGAGAGUUACGGUCCGUGGAGGAACCCCUGCAAGUACCACGGACAUCCAGGACCAGUCGUGCCGCAUUGCGCACACUGA